AUGGGAUCAUGGCUACGCUCACACACUGCAACCCCAAAAACUCUGUCACUAUUCCCUUCGGAGCUCAACUCUGUGCUGCAAGCUUGCUCUGCUUCAAAAGCUCUCAAUCAAGGAAAGCAAGUUCACCAGCAAUUAGUUGUGAACGGCUCACACCGCAACCCUUUCUUCGCAACAAAGUUAAUCCAAAUCUACGCUGAUUGCGACGAUCUGCACUCUGCCCAGUUGUUGCUCCACCAAGUGUCGCAACCCAACGUCUUCGCCUUCACUUCAAUCCUUGGUUUUUACUCCAGGCACGGCCUCACUCACCAAUGCAUUGAAACCUAUGCCGAAUUGAGGUUUAAGGGUGUUUUGCCAGAUGGGUAUGUGUUUCCCAAGGUGCUGAAGGCUUGUGCUCAAUCAGCGUGCUUGAAAACUGGUGCUGUUGUGCACAAAGAUGUUAUUGUGUUGGGUUUGAAGUUUAACUUGCAUGUUUGCAAUUCCAUGUUGGACAUGUACUUCAAGUGUGGGGAUGUUGGGAGUGCAGCACGGGUGUUUGAUGAAAUGGCUGAAAGGGAUGUUUUUUCGUGGAAUUCGAUGAUGUCUGGGUAUGUGUGUAAUGGGUUGCUGGAGAGGGCUGUGGAGGUGUUGGGGUUUAUGAGAUUGGAUGGAUGUGAACCUGAUGUUGUCACUUGGAAUACUGUGAUGGAUGCUUAUUGUAGGAUGAGACUCUGUUGUGAGGCCUCAAGGGUUUUUGAACAAAUUAAGGAUCCUAAUGUUAUUUCAUGGACAACCUUAAUCUCAGGUUACUCAAAUGUUGGGAGGCAUGAUGUUUGUUUGGGAAUUUUCAGGAAAAUGGUAAAUGCUGGGAUGGUUUUCCCUGAUGUUGAUGCUCUUUCUGGUAUCCUUGCGUCCUGUCGGUCUUUGGGGGCUUUAGCAAGUGGGAAGGAAAUCCAUGGUUAUGGUCUCAAAAUCAUAUCUGGAGAUGCAUUUUACAAGUCUGCUGGUGCUGCUUUGUUGACAUUGUAUGCUAGUUGCCGGAGACAUAAUGCUGCUGAAAAUGUGUUUCAUACAAUGGAUAAAUCUGAUGUCGUUACGUGGAAUGCCAUGAUUUUUGGUUUAAUUGAUAUGGGUUUGGGACAUUUAGCUCUUGAAUGUUUCAGACAAAUGCAAGGCAGAGGAGUAAAGAUUGAUCACACAACCAUAUCUACUAUAUUGCCUGUUUGUGAUUUGAGAUGUGGAAAACAGAUACACGCAUAUGUCAGGAAAACCAAUUUCAAUUGUAUGAUUCCAGUUUAUAAUGCACUAAUUCAUAUGUACUCGAUCCGUGGAUGUAUUGCAUAUGCAUAUUCUUCAUUUUCCACCAUGGUUGCGAGGGACUUGGUUUCAUGGAACACGAUUAUUGGAGGAUUUGGAAUCCAUGGACUUGGCCAAACUGCUCUGAAGCUUUUGCGAGAAAUGAGUGAUUUAGGCAUUAGACCCGAUUUGGUGACGUUUUCUUCAGCACUUUCAGCUUGCAGUCAUUCAGGACUUGUAGAUGACGGGAUUGAACUCUUCUACAGAAUGACAAAAGAUUUUGGCUUAACCCCAGUGAAGGAACACUUUUCUUGUGUUGUUGACAUGCUAGCUCGUGCUGGUAGACUCGAAGAUGCUUUCCAUUUCAUUAACCAAAUGCCCCUGGAACCAGAUAAAUAUAUUUGGGGAGCUUUACUUGCUGCAUGCCAGGAGCACCAGAAUGUUAGUGUUGGUAAGCUGGCUGCAGAAAAGUUGAUCAGUUUGGAACCUCAAGAAGCUGGUCAUUAUGUGACAUUGUCAAAUAUAUACUCAAAAGCUGGAAGAUGGAAUGAUGCUUCAAGAAUAAGGAAGAUGAUGGAAGGCCAAGGAUUGCUCAAGCCAUCAGGACAUAGUUUGGUUGGUACUGGAAGUUAAUCUAGCGGUGAAGACAACAUAAUCAAAUCAAUGUUUUUAUCAUACAUCAAAGCAUUACCGUGCCUUGUCAAUUUUGCACUAGGAUUUAGAAGCGUGCAACUAAUUGAGUUGCCUUGGGAUGGGACAGGACAGUGAUUGGUAUUAGCAGAGUUAGCUUUUCACAACAAUGAAACAAACUACAGUACUUGCUGUUUUAGAAGCAAUGGGUGAAAAGUCAUCGAAAGAUUUGAAUUCGUGUAUGAUAGCAGAUAUAUUAGUUAAUCCUUCAAGUGGAGUGCAAUAAAUUAAAGA